GCCUCGAUGCAUUAUGGUCGGAUUUUAAUGUCGAGGAUAAUGCAGUUCUUGAUUGUUUGAUAGAAUUAGAUGCAGUUGUUGAUUAUUCCCCAGAUCUCGUUCCCGAGGUGCGCGGGCUCGUUAACGCAGCAAAAGCCGUAGCUGCCCUUUAUCGCACAGCGACUAAUGUCGAUCAUGUUCAUACGACUCCGAUCGAAUCUAAUACGCACACACAUGCGUCUCUAUCACGGUUGCCUGAAAUUCCACUGCCACAAUUUAAUGGUAAUCUUCAUAAUUGGGCUACAUUUCGUGAUAGAUUUACCGCGUUAGUGGACACCCGUCCCGGUUUGGCAAAAAAUAGACAAACUGUAUUACCUGAUUGGUUGUGUGAAAGAUUCUGCUGCUGA